CAUACUCUGAAUAAAUGGAACUAAGAACUAAAUGCGUCACAGGAAAACCCACAAAAAAAUUGAUGUUUGUUACAUAAUAAGAUUCCUUUUUCCCCUACAGUGCCGCCUGUGAUUUUGCAUGCGAAUUUGUCUCGUCAGAAAACCGGCACUACUUCGACUUGUUUCAUAAUUUUAUGGGCUGUUUCAAUCAUUUAUAGCUCAUUCUUUGUUAUGAAUUGUUGAGUUUGUGGGCGCAUUUAGAAGUCGGCGAGUCUAGUGCUUAAUAGUAGUGGACUGCAAUUUAUUGGCGACGGCCUACCUUUCUUCCAAGUUUUAUUUUUUAAGUGAACUAAUUGAGAUAAUCACCCAGUAACAAAAUGUCAAAAGAAAAGGAACAUAUUGGAAAUGGCGUUUCCAACAGAAGUUCUCAAAAUGACGGGUACCUUCCAUACCCCAAAGGAUUCGCAACCGCUUCUAUUCAUCAUGGACAAGAAGCAGAGCUCUGGAAUUCAAUGGCCGUUGUUGCGCCCAUAGUCAUGUCCACAACUUUUAAGCAAUACGGCCCAGCUGAUACUAAGAAAUAUGAAUACGGUCGAUCCGGGAAUCCCACCAGGGAAGUUUUAGAAGACGUUCUUGCCAAACUAGAUAAUGCCACUUACGGACUCGCCUUUGCCUCUGGUUUAGGCGCGAUCACUGCUGUCUUCGGCAUGCUGAAAAGUGGCGAUAACAUCAUCGUAGGGGAUGAUGUUUACGGAGGAACCAACAGACUCUUCAACAGGGUGGUUGCAAACUAUAAUAUCGAUGUGACAAUGGUUGAUUUAGUGGACAUUCGCAAUCUGGAAAAAGCAAUCAAACCCACUACCAAGCUAAUUUGGAUAGAAACACCGACAAAUCCCACCCUGAAAGUCAUCGAUAUCAGGGCUGCUUCGGAAAUUGCUAAAAGGAACAACAUUGUCCUCGCCGUAGACAACACUUUUCUUACCCCCUAUCUUCAAAGACCGCUGGAUCUUGGAGCUGAUUUAGUAGUGUACUCUCUCACAAAAUAUAUGAAUGGACACUCCGAUGUUAUCAUGGGAUCAAUAUCUACUUCAAAUCAGGACCUCUAUGAAAAGCUCAAGUUCCUUCAAAAUGCUAUGGGGAUUGUCCCUUCACCGUUUGAUUGUUCUCAAGUCAAUAGAAGUCUCAAGACAUUGGCUCUAAGAAUGCAGCAACAUCAACGGGCUGGAAUGGAAAUAGCAGUUUAUUUGAAAAAUCAUCCUCAAGUAGAGAAAGUUAUUCACCCAGGGUUGGAAUGCCACCCCCAGCAUCUCCUGCACAAACAGCAGACAAGCGGACAGAGUGGUGUAUUCUCGUUUUAUUUGAAAGGAGGGUUGGAACAAUCCAAGAAGUUUUUGUCUUCCCUAAAAAUAUUCACCCUUGCCGAAAGUUUGGGUGGAUAUGAAAGUUUAGCAGAAUUGCCUUCUGUUAUGACACACGCUUCAGUUCCACCAGAACAAAGAAAGGUACUGGGAAUAUCUGAUAAUUUGAUAAGACUAUCCGUAGGUCUUGAGGACGUUGAAGAUUUGAUCGCUGAUUUGGAACAGGCUUUUCGAAGUAUAAAAUAAUUUUGAACCAAAUAUAUACAUUCAAUAUACAGUUGUACUAUACAAAGCUGAAAAUAUAUACAAUAAAUGAAGUAUUUUUUGUAAA